GUGCUAGUAGGUAAUGAACAAGCGGCGACAACUACGCGAGGCGAGGCCGUAGCCCGUGACGACGAAGGCGUAUUUCGUGUAGUAACCGUUGCGGUUCGCGGGGACGCGGGACGAUCGUUUUAGUACGUUCGAUCAAGCGAAGCCAUCCACCGGCAUGGAAGCAUCUCGGGGAAGAAUGCCUAGAAUGAACCCAUCAGCACCUAGCCCUCCCGCCAGCGCGCCAUGCUGAUAAGAACACCGAGUGCGCGAUAGACUGCUAAUCGUGUGAGUAAACAAGUGCACUACGGGAGAUGUGAACGCAAGCGAAAGAGCCGGCUGGAAAAUGGUGAUUAACGCUGCCUUGCAAGGGAGAUUAAGUAAAAAACAGAAACCGGAAAAAUAAGAACAGAACCACCGAUCAUUGUCGCAGGAGUAAGACGACGACGGGAAGGAAGAAAGAGGGGGAAGGGCCGGGGGAAGGAGUUUGUGCAAUCAACGAAUUAUCAAAGACUCAUCAUCGAAUCCAUCUCCGUUGCGAACGCACGCACCACGGUACGGCAUCGACCCGGUCGAGGUGAUACCCGGCCCCAUACACUAGUUCGCCUGCGGUUCGUACCGAUAGCUGCUGCUGCUGCUGCUGCUGCUGCCAUAUCACGGUCUUCCUUGUGUCUUUCUGCCAGCCCUCUCCAUCCAACAGGGACUAUCCCAACCCGGCACCAGGGGUGUUCGAUCUUGGCUGCGCGUUGCCGUAGUUUACCAGCAGUAGCUCGGGCUACUCAGUCAAUCCGUUCAAUCCAACAAAUCACUAUCGUCUGCAAACUCUGGUGAUUCGGUCGUUCACUGAUCGUGAUUCGGUUUGUGUGACUCAAAUAUUGUCCUUCGUUAGCCGGUAGACACCAUUUGGACAUACAUACUGACAAUAGGGGGACGACACAGGACCAAGACAGGACAGGAAUCAUUGGUGAACUGUAGUUUGGGGGGAGGUCUGAUCACAGCCAGCACUCGGCUUAUAGCAGUUAGUUCGCUGGAACCGGGUUUGCGUGUGUACGUGCGCGUGUGUACCAAUGUUACUCACAAAGCUGGAAAUUGCAGUCGGAAAUCCUACCCUGAAGCGGAAGUACAGUGGAAGUGGCUACGCAGAGCAGAGGAAAAAAAUGGAAGCCAUCAAUUGGAACAAAAUCAUGUACAUCUCCCAGGAGGAGAAGCUGAUUUACUUCGAUCAGAAGACGUACAAAUUGCCAGAAGCAAUACUAUCGCUGUAUGCCGACCGGGUACGCCAUCUGGAUCUCAGCCACAACAAGUUGUCCUCGUUCGAUGCACUCGAGCUGUUUCCGUAUCUAGAGGAGCUUGUGCUGGACAACAACUAUCUUACGGACGAGAUCAUCUUUCCAGCCCAGCUCAAUCAUGUGAAGCUGUUGUCGCUCAAUAAUAACAAGUUCAAGAAUCUCGAUCUGCUGCUCACCAAACUCUCGCUGUGCUUUCCGAAUCUCGAAUAUCUCAGCCUGCUCGGUAAUCCCGCGUGUCCCUGCCAUCUGCUCAACCUCAAGUACACCGAGUACGACUAUCAGAAGUAUCGACUUUACAUCAUCCGACAGCUACCGCAGCUCCGCUUUCUUGACGGCCAGCGGGUGAAAAAGAUGGAGCGCGACUUCGUCCGCUGUCAGCUAGAGAACUACGGUGAAACGAGUGAAAACGAAACCGGCACCGUAUCGAGGCGCAAGAGCAACGCACUGAAGCAUCUCUACACGGCAGUCAGUGCCGGAUUGGGAUUGCGCCGGAAGCCGCCACCGGUAUACAGUCCGCUACCGGAGACGUUGCGCGAAGUAGGCGAUCACCGGGGAGCGUACGGACGGUGCCGCUACCGGUACGUAGGUGCCCAAUCCGAGGGAAACCGCUUCAUAGUCAACACCGACCUCUGAGAGUGUAGCCAAUAGCUAUGGUUGAGUUGAUUUUUUUUUAUUUCUUUAGCUUGAAUUUUAAGUUAUGAUUUGAGUAUAUAAAACAAAAGUUUGUGAAGAGAACGAAUGAAGCAAAGCAACAGAUGGUAA